AUGUCAGCGCCGCAGCUUCAAGCUGUUUGCCAGCCAGUCCUUUAUCUGACAGCACUGCAGAAGAAGUCUGUAGUUCUUCAGGUUUGUAUGGGUGUCUGCUCACUUCAGGCCAUGAUUGCAUCUGCUCUGGCCUGCCCAGACAACAGUUCUGGAGGAACGUCCUGUACCAUCUCAGUGGAAAAGCUUCUGGACCGAGCUCUCCAACAUGCAGAGCUACUGUACCGCAUCUCAGAUGAGUCCAAGAUUAUGUUUGAAGAGAUGUUUUUUCCAGACUUAGUGAAUCAGCAAGUUAAUGGAGGGCCAAUAUGUGCAUCCAGAAUGGUGCUGGUUCCCACUUCUAAAAGUGAAAUCCAGCAGAUCUCUGAAAAAUGGCUUCUCCAUUCUGUUUUGAUUCUGGCCCAGUUCUGGAUUGAUCCGCUGGUAGAUCUACAUGCGUCUCUUGAACGCUAUGACAGUGCUCCAAGUGCUCUACUUAACAAGACCAAAUGGCUGUCAACCAAACUAAUGAGCUUAGAGAAGGGAAUACUGGUUCUUAUUAGACAGAUACUGGCUGAAGGCGGUUUGCUGUUGGAGAGCCCUGAAACUUCCUCUGUUCCCUUCGCUUCUACUGACAUGCUUGAAUCGGUGAGAAGAGACUACAGUGUGCUCUACUGCUUCAGGAAAGAUGCACACAAGAUGGAGAUUUUCCUAAAAUUCCUAAAGUGUAGAGAGACUGAAAAGCAGAAUUGCUCCUUUUUCUAG